CGUGUGAGCAAAGUACGUACCGCAUGUACGUGAUAUAUGCGUGUACCGCGUGGUCGAGAACUUCAAGAUUUCCUACGGCCACGAGAAGAAAAGCGUGAAUAAUGUUGGUCCUCUUUGAAUCAUCGGCAGGCUAUGCCAUUUUUAAGCUGCUGGACGAGAAGAAACUUCAGAAGGUUGAUGAUCUAUUCAAAUCAUUUGACUCCCCAGAGCAUGCAAGCAAAGUACUAAAGCUGAAACAGUUCGAGAAAUUUCAGGACACAACAGAGGCUUUGGCAGCUGCUACUGCCCUUGUCGAAGGCAAGUUGGGCAAGGGACUAAAGAAGAUCCUGAAGAAGGUAGUAGCCAAAGAUGCUCAAGCAGAGCUCGCUGUGGCUGAUGCCAAGCUAGGGAGCAUCAUCAAGGAUAAACUGAACAUGAAUUGUGUCUACAACUCCUCAAUCCAAGAACUCAUGAGAGGGAUCAGGUCCCAGUUCGACAGCUUGGUUCCUGGUCUACCUGGCAGAGAAAUGACUGCUAUGACACUGGGUCUAGCUCACAGUUUAUCAAGGUACAAGUUGAAAUUCAGCCCCGACAAAGUGGACACCAUGAUUGUUCAGGCAAUAUCACUUUUGGAUGACUUAGACAAAGAGCUAAAUAACUAUGUGAUGAGAUGCAGAGAAUGGUACGGCUGGCAUUUUCCAGAGCUGGGAAAGAUCAUCACAGACAACCUAGCAUUUGCAAAGACAGUACUACAUAUGGGUGUGAGAACAAAUGCAUCCACAACAGACUUCUCAGAAAUACUUCCAGAAGAGCUGGAAGAGCAACUGAAACUGGCUGCAGAAAUCUCCAUGGGAACGGAAGUAUCUCAAGAUGACAUCCUCAACAUCAAGUACCUCUGUGAUCAGGUGGUCGAGAUCACUGAUUACAGGACACAGCUGUAUGACUACCUCAAGAACAGGAUGGCUGCCAUUGCACCCAACCUCACCACCAUGGUAGGCGAGCUGGUCGGUGCUAGGUUGAUAUCACAUGCAGGUUCACUGAUGAAUCUGGCCAAGCAUCCCGCCUCCACCGUUCAGAUCCUUGGAGCUGAGAAGGCCUUGUUCAGAGCACUGAAGACCAAGAAAGACACACCCAAGUAUGGUCUCAUCUACCACGCCUCACUCGUUGGACAGAGCACUCCUAAGAAUAAGGGAAAGAUGUCAAGAAUGUUAGCGGCCAAGACCUCGUUAGCGAUCAGAUAUGAUGCCUUAGGAGAUGAUGCCAGCUGUGAACUAGGGUUACAGGCCAGAGCCAAGAUGGAAUCGAGACUAAGAAGCUUGGAGCAAGGAGACGAAAGACGUAUUUCUGGCACAGGGAAGUCCAAGGCUAAGUUUGAGAAAUACCAGCACAAGAGCGAGGUCGUGACCUACGACCCCGGUAUGGACUCCACCCUCCCAUCUGUUCCCAAGAAGCGGAAGAUAGAAGAGGUGAACGGAGAUGAUGAAGGAGAGGAGACGGUGUCGGCAUCACCUGAGAAGAAAAAGAAGAAGAAGAAGAGAGUGUCGGAGCCGGAAGAAGUAAAGGAAGAGUCAGAGGAGGAGACAGUUCCUGAACCAUCAUCAGAGAAAAAGAAAAAGAAAAAGAAGAAGGUCAAGGAGGAACCAGAAGAAGAAGCAGAUGAACCGGAAACGCCAAGCUCAGAAAAGAAGAAAAAGAAGAAGAAGAGGAAAAGUAUGGCAGAAGACGACUGAGAAGAGACUACAAGAAUAGUUGGAUAAGAAUUUCAUAGGAUUCAGAAUUAUCAUAUUCUAUGUGCAUUUUCAUUCUGUAAUUAGCAGCAAAUGAGAACAGCAUAAAAGUGACAUUUAACUUUUUAUUCAAAGCUUUUAAACUUGACCAGACAUGGCUAUAUUUUUGUGAAUAUUUAAUUCUUCAUAAUCUCCCUUUUACUUUUUGUUUUCUUUUAUUAUUUUAUAUACGAUAUGCAUAUUAAAAUUAUGUGAUUGCUCCAACACUCAAGUCUUUUUUUUUUCUUAUCGGCAACACUCAUUUAAGUGUUUCUGUUUUGCUGCAAAUAGAAAGAGUUGAUUACAGUUUUCAGUCUGAAGGAAUACCUUGAUUUACAUGAUGUCUGCCUCUAGUCAACAUUAUUGGGCUGUAUGGUAAUUAAUAGAUUUCUUUGUGUCUGUCUUUUUGUAAUGUUCUUAGCAGCUUGUCAAUAACAUAAAUGCAAGGACAGUAUUGUUGUCUUGUAACACUGAGCAAUCCAAACAUAAUUGGCUUAAUGUUAAACUUCCAGUCACAUUAGUUUGCCAAAGGUAGAGUAGAGAAUAAUGUAUAAUGAAGCUUUUAUCAUUGAAAAUGCCUACAUGGGACUUAGAAAUUAUUGUAAAUAUUAAUUGUUCAUUUUCUUUCUUUUUAAACAAAAUGUUAUUACCUGUGAGUGAAUUUUUUAAAGAAACAUGUCAUCAUUAUGGCUUCAGUUCCUAUGCAGGAACAUUUAAGUUAUUAUACUUAUUUGGUAAGUUCAAGGUAUUAUUUUCCAUAUGUUAAGGACAUCAGAAUUGAUAUUUCCCAGAUGAUUCUGUGAAAUUGACCGCCCUACAAGAGUGGAGGUCAGUCAUGAAAACAGACAUUUGCAAUGUUAAUCCCUGUUUAAUUUCCUUCUUUUUUGAGGAGGGGGGGGGGGGGUACCGUUUCGGACAGAAAAAUGGCCAAAGUACCUUUGACUUGCCCUACUAUGAAGUAUACAUGAAAAUGAUAAUAUAGCACAGCGAUAAAGUGCAGCAUACAACUUAUAUCUGUAUCAUUAUGAUAACAAUGAGCAAGGUUCAAAUUCUUCUUAAAUCUUGGUCACUUUUAGCAAGCAAAUAACAAAGACAUCAGUGUUACUGUCAGUAUCCCAUGUGUAAAUGUUUUGUUAAAAUGCAAAGCAAAUUCCAUAUUUUUCUUAACUUCAGUUAAUCAUGGUAAUGUUUGAUUGUACAUGAUCAAAUGUGAUUACUAAUUUUGAAUACUUGUAGUUGAUUUACCAAAACUUGUGUCUACUCUCAACUUUUAUUUAUUUCUGAUGGUGAAAUAACAAGACCACCCACUCACUACAAAUGUGUUUUAAAACUUAUUGUGUUAUGUAACUAGAUUGAGAUAUUCACUCACCUCUGUUAUAACCAAACACAAAUUAUCACAAGUAUAAUUGUGUUUCAUGGUGUUACUGUUAGUAGUGACCCAGGGUCAAAAGUGUGGUGUCUAUUACUUUUACUAGUAUUCAAUUUUAGUGCUGACAUGCAGUAUGUCUUUUAUGCAUUCCCCACUAGCUGUCUCUAAAAAAGAGAUGCACUUUUGAUCGCUUCCUUGUAUAUUACAAUGAAUAUGGAAUUAUGUUUUUAUUAAAAUCAUAUCUUGUAUAAAGUA